AAGAGCGGAUUUCAUUAGGCAAGAAGGGUACUCGUCGUCUAAAGUCCAUGUUGUCGAUUGCGUGGAUGGCCCCCGGUUGUCUCGUUGACGAGAGAACUAUACGGGAAACUUAGAUCGAUAGACGGUGUGGGGUAGGACCUGUCGUGGUGCCGGCUUCUCAUCACUCCGGUUCUGGUAUUUCUUGAAGAAUUUUGGAAAGCUGGAGGAAAAAAAUGUCCUGUUUUGAGACUUACUGACGCAACUCCUAGGAAGAUGGCAUUGGGACGACAUGUCCCUCAUCGCUGGGUGUGGCGUGUGUGUAGACAUUGGUUCCCACAGUUGUUCCUCCUGACUUGCUUCAUCUAUCUGGUGUUCUACGUCGUCACUCAAAUUGAAUUUGACGCCCCUGUCAGCCUCAGUCGGCCCAAAAGCAUCAGACAGCACGAGGACUAUCCGUGGGUAGAUGACAAGUUUGCGCCGGUCAAGAAACCGCCAAGCGGUGCUGACGUCUCGGACUCCAUGCAGGCUCAGAACGCCUCUCGAUCGCAAGUGAAGGACAGCGACAAGGAACGACAAGAUACGAAGGAUGCCUGGAACAAUGAAUAUGAACCAAACGGGUUCAUGGAGCAGCAGGCUGCAAUACAGAUGGAGCGGCGAAGUCAUGUCAACAAGGCCUGCAGCAACUAUCCCAAGCUGUCGCAGGGAAGCCUCAACAUGGAGACACUUCGUCACAUCUACGUCCACGAAAAACACAAGAUUCUCUACUGCUUCGUGCCAAAGGUUGGAUGCAGCAACUGGAAGCGGGUGCUGAUGGUACUUGCCGGUUUACGCGAGGAGACGGAGGGCAUCUCAUCAAACGAGGCCCACUUCAAGAACGGCAUGAAAAGAUUGAGUGCCCUGACUCCGUCGGAGCAGAAAAUCCGACUAAAGACGUACACCAAAUUCAUGUACGCGCGCCAGCCUUUCCUCCGUAUCCUAUCGGCUUACAGGAACAAAUUUGCCGAUAUCAAAAUGUAUCGGAAGGAACCGUACUUCCAGGGUUUUGCCAAGCGGAUCAUGAAACAUUAUCGCAAGGACGCCACGCCUCGGGAACUUCAAACAGGCGAGAACAUCACGUGGCACGAGUGGGUGACAUACUUGACCAACCCAACCGAGAGGGCAGGCUUCGACGACCAUUGGCAGGAGAUCUACAAGAUGUGCUCGCCUUGUAAGGUCAAGUACGACUAUCUCGGCAAACUGGAGACUAUCGGUGAUGAUGCUCGGUACAUGCUGACGUCACUAGGGCUUCAAGACCAGGUUUCAUAUCCAACCAAAGCCAACAGUCACCCGACAAACAGUUCCAAAACAUAUGAUGAAUACUUUAAUCAGGUACCAAAGGCUACGUUGCAGAGACUAUGGGAACUCUAUCGGCUGGACUUUGAGCUAUUUGGAUAUGCUAAGCCUGACCUCAUGUGAACCAUCAGGUGUGCGUCCCAGAACCUUCGGCCACUUUGAACUUAACCAUUCUCACAAGGGGUGCAGACCUUCGUUUAAGCUACCAAGCCCAAGGCAGUCGGCGCAAGCGCGGCCAAAUCAAAGGCCACCUAGCACAAAAACAUGACAAUGGAUAAUGAGGGUAAAAAACAUAUCCGUGCACGAAGUUCAAGUUGUUCCCGAAGUUCAAGCUUAAAAUUGUAGUCGGGAAAUAUGGAGUGCCAACAAUGACAAAUCUGCGUGAAGAUACACGCACUCGCCCUUUGCAACAAGAUUCAUAGAAUACCGUGGCAGUUAAAGUCGUGCAAAGAUGUGCAAUUUGACAGCGUAUGGGUAGGGUAUUUGAGACCAGUGAAGCUGCGCGCGUACCAAUGUAUGAUGUCCGAGAGUUGACGCCUAUAGAACAUGUAUCAACAGUAACACAUGAAUGACGUAAAAUAAAGCCCACAUAAAUGCACGAUACAUUUGAAUCACCGCAGAAGUAAAAAUUUACUUUUCUUCAAGCUCAGAAUUAUAUCUUUUUACGUUUUGGGUAAAAUAAAACGGACACUGACACUAAUUUCACUACUAACAUUUAUUUAUUUUGCUCCUUAUCUGUAACAGUCUUUUGAAGAUUUCACAGUCUCUUCCACGAGUAAAGUGAAAACUGGUUCUUGAAAUAAAACAAUUCUAUUCGUUUAA